GGCAACGGUAGAGGAGUGGAGGGUGAGCUUAGCAGAGCGUACGUGUAGCAAGGUUCGGAACGGAGCGCAACGACUUUAUCAGAGGACGGAGUUGGGUUCGCGUCGAAGCCGACAGGUCAAAAAACUAAUUUGGAAUCUUCGCCGGGAGUCGAAGCAGACGAAGCGCGGAAGUUUUUGAGAUCGGAAGCCCCGAGGGGGCCUUUUGUCUUAACAUCGUGCGAUCGUUCUCGCCCCGAAAAUGAGCGUGCAUGUCGCGGAGAAGAAGGGCAGCGCGCUGAAAAGCACGAACGGGCCGCUGAUCACAAGCAUGGACAACAACGAGGACAACGACUGGCAAAACGGACAGAAUCUUCUGGUUGUCACGCAGGACACCACACAGAGCAAGGAGCUGAUUAGCCUUGCCGAUAAUCAGACCAUCAACGUGGCCUUGGAUAACUAUUGGUUACUGGAACUCGCCCACAGAGAAUAUCAAGCAGGGGAUUAUGAGAACGCCGAGAGGCACUGUAUGCAGUUAUGGCGACAAGAGACAAACAAUACAGGCGUUCUUCUCCUACUUUCUUCGAUACAUUUCCAGUGUAGAAGACUGGAGAAAUCAGCGCAUUACAGCAGCUUAGCGAUAAAACAAAAUCCGCUAUUGGCAGAGGCGUACAGUAAUUUGGGAAAUGUGUAUAAAGAGCGUGGACAAUUACCGGAAGCCCUGGAAAAUUAUCGUCAUGCUGUCAGACUGAAGCCCGACUUCAUCGAUGGUUACAUCAACUUGGCCGCGGCGCUCGUAGCAGCCGGUGAUAUGGAACAAGCCGUCCAAGCAUAUGUCACAGCGCUGCAAUACAACCCCGACCUUUAUUGUGUGCGGAGCGAUCUUGGUAAUCUUUUGAAAGCAUUAGCAAGACUUGACGAAGCCAAGGCCUGCUAUUUGAAAGCGAUCGAGACGCGACCGGACUUCGCGGUCGCCUGGAGCAAUCUCGGCUGUGUGUUCAAUGCUCAAGGCGAGAUAUGGUUGGCCAUUCAUCAUUUUGAGAAAGCAGUCGCCUUGGAUCCUAAUUUCUUAGAUGCGUAUAUCAACCUCGGGAAUGUGUUGAAAGAAGCUAGGAUCUUUGACAGAGCUGUCGCUGCUUAUCUUCGCGCGUUAAAUCUCAGCCCCAACAAUGCAGUUGUGCAUGGGAAUUUGGCGUGUGUUUAUUAUGAGCAAGGUCUCAUUGAUUUGGCAAUCGAUACAUAUCGCCGUGCCAUUGAACUUCAGCCAAAUUUCCCAGAUGCAUAUUGCAAUCUUGCGAAUGCUCUUAAGGAAAAGGGCCAAGUUUCCGAAGCGGAGGAAUGUUACAACACAGCCCUCCGGCUCUGUCCCACGCAUGCCGAUUCACUUAACAAUUUGGCCAACAUAAAACGAGAACAAGGCUACAUUGAGGAAGCGACUCGUUUGUAUCUCAAGGCUUUGGAAGUAUUUCCCGAAUUCGCGGCGGCCCAUAGCAAUCUCGCUUCUGUGCUGCAACAGCAAGGCAAACUGAAUGAAGCACUGAUGCAUUAUAAGGAGGCGAUUCGCAUACAGCCGACGUUUGCCGAUGCCUAUUCAAACAUGGGAAACACUUUGAAGGAGAUGCAAGACAUACAGGGCGCUCUACAGUGCUAUACACGGGCUAUUCAGAUCAAUCCGGCUUUUGCCGACGCUCAUUCAAAUUUAGCAUCGAUACACAAAGAUUCCGGCAACAUUCCUGAGGCAAUUCAAUCCUAUCGAACGGCGCUGAAGUUGAAACCAGACUUCCCUGAUGCUUACUGCAAUCUGGCACAUUGUUUGCAAAUAGUGUGCGAUUGGACCGAUUAUGAAGCUAGGAUGAAGAAACUGGUGUCUAUCGUAGCCGAGCAGUUGGACAAAAACAGACUUCCCAGUGUGCAUCCUCAUCAUUCCAUGCUUUAUCCUUUGUCUCACGAGUUCAGAAAGGCUAUCGCUGCUAGGCACGCUAAUCUUUGCAUCGAAAAGAUUCACGUUCUUCACAAGCAACCAUACAAAUAUCCGCGUGCGGUCACCGCACGCUUGAGGAUUGGAUACGUUUCGUCAGACUUUGGUAACCAUCCGACCAGUCAUCUGAUGCAAUCGAUCCCCGGUUUGCACGACCGUGAAAAGGUCGAGAUCUUCUGUUACGCACUCAGUGCGGACGACGGCACGACUUUCCGCGCGAAGAUUGCGCGAGAGUCCGAGCACUUCGUCGAUUUGUCGCAGAUUCCGUGCAACGGAAAGGCUGCCGAUCGCAUCAACGCCGACGGCAUUCACAUUCUGGUGAACAUGAACGGCUACACGAAAGGCGCCCGAAAUGAGAUCUUCGCGCUGCGACCGGCGCCGAUACAGGUCAUGUGGCUGGGCUAUCCAGGUACUUCCGGCGCGAGUUUCAUGGAUUAUCUUAUCACAGACGAGGUUACUUCGCCGCUAGAGCUUGCUAGUCAAUAUAGCGAGAAACUCGCCUACAUGCCGCACACUUACUUCAUCGGCGAUCACAAGCAAAUGUUCCCUCAUCUGAAAGAACGCUUAAUCUUGGCGGACAAGUCGAAUCACAAGGGCAAGGUAGCGGACAACGUGGCGGUGAUCAAUGCCACGGAUCUUUCGCCGAUGAUCGAGAAUACUUUAAUAAAGGAGAUUCGCGAGGUUAUUGUGCCGGAUAAAAAACAGCCCGUUGAGAUUUCGCUCAAGAUCGCCGAGUUGCCGACCACCACUCCGAUCGAGACGAUGAUCGCCUCCGGGCAGUGUCAGAUGUCCGUGAACGGUGUCGUCGUGCAGAACGGCAUGGCCACCACACAGGUGAACAAUAAGACCGCUACGGGCGAAGAGGUGCCUCAGAACAUUGUGAUCACAACCAGGCAGCAGUACGGCUUACCGGAGGAUGCCGUUGUCUACUGCAACUUUAAUCAGUUAUACAAGAUCGAUCCACUCACUCUACACAUGUGGGCGCACAUCUUGAAACACGUGCCAAACGCGGUGCUGUGGUUGUUACGUUUCCCGGCGGUUGGCGAGCCCAAUCUUCAAGCGACGGCGCAGCAAUUGGGUCUGACACCUGGCAGAAUCUUGUUUAGUAAUGUUGCCGCCAAAGAAGAGCACGUAAGACGAGGUCAAUUGGCUGAUGUAUGCCUAGACACACCGCUCUGCAACGGACACACGACCAGUAUGGACGUGUUAUGGACUGGAACGCCAGUGGUGACGCUGCCAGGCGAAACUCUAGCCUCUCGCGUCGCCGCUAGUCAAUUGAAUACUCUCGGCUGCCCAGAAUUAGUCGCGCGAACGCGACAAGAGUAUCAAGAUAUCGCCGUCAGGCUUGGCACUGACAGAGAAUACUUGAAAGCAACAAGGGCAAAGGUUUGGAAAGCCCGUUCCGAGAGCCCGCUGUUUUGUUGCAAGUUGUAUGCACUGGGUAUGGAGAUGCUGUAUACGAAGAUGUGGGAGCGUUUCGGACGCGGAGAAAAUCCUGAUCACGUAUCGGCUGUCGAUAAGAACGACAGCCAGAAGUCGUCGAGUAUGUCUUAAAAUAUUUCAUGACACGUUUCACCGUCAUUUACUCAGCUUUGACUCCGCGAUUUAACCAUUUCUCUUUCUCAGAAAUUUUAGCAUUUACAACCAUGGUUAAUAUAUCUACACCCUAAUGAGGUCUCGCGUAAAUUUCGUCUCCCUGCUGGCUAUUGUUUUUCUACGAUAAAUUCACGAAAGCUUAGAAUAGACAGUAGACAUUAAUAUAUACAUAUACAAGAUUCCGCAUGAUACUCGCGCUCUGUUCUCAUCUGUUGCCUCUAUUUAUGAUUUUUUUUCAAUGUGAUAUUUACGUGUUUGAUCGAAGAGCAAUUGGAUCUCAUUUUGUGGAAAGCUGACAAAAGCACGGAGAAACGAGUUUCUUCGCAAAUGUACAAAAUUUAGAGAAACGAUAAAAACACUUAGUAAUAGAGGGAUAAUAUUGAUUAUCUGUGGAGAAAAAUAAUACUUUUAAUUUAUCUUUUACAAAUGAUUUGCUUUUCUGCAAAAUAUAAUAUCGAUAUCGAAAUGAAAUGUUGACAGUGGAUUUAUCGAAUGCACGACAGAUGGAAAAAGAAUUUGAAGUUCUGACGAUCUCUCUUAAGCUCUAAAAAUGAUAAAAAAUUAUGUAAUUGAAGAUUACACGAAAAAAUUGUAAAAUUGUAAAAUAUAUUUAAGAAUUUUUUUUGAAAAAAAUUAUAAUUUUAUUAAGAAUUUCAGUCUUGUAAAUCGUGCAAUCGAGAAUCCACUGUACAUUUUAUUUGCGCUCCUCACAUCGAUUUGACGAGUGCAAAGACAUCGAGAUAUUAAUCCUCGCUUUUUAUAGGCGACUCUUAAUACAGAUAUUUUGCGCACGUGAUUUGUUGAAAAGUGCAAGACACUUAACACAGAUUAGAACUAAUCAAGUUCCUUAUGUUUUAUUGUUUAUUUUUCAUCAUUGUGCGAUACGAAUAAAAGGCCGCAGUCUUCGAUCUUUGAAAUUGACGAUCCCAACAUUCGAAAGUUCAGAGAUCUACUGAACAAAAAUCUUGAAUAUUUUAAAAUAGGGAGAUUGUGCGGAAUGUACAAAGGAUCUGUAAAACCUCGUCAGUAGAAUUCCAAUAAAUUCAGAACUUGAAAGUUCAGGUGCUAGAGAUCCACUAAUUUUAUCGUAUAAAAUUUCAAAAAUCUGAGUUUAAAUAUCUUCAAUGAAUUCAAGAAGAUACAAAAAAUCUACCUAUUGUAGUAAUUAUAAGAUGCUAAAGAUCCGAGAAUCAUAAAAAUCUUCGAGCUUAAAACUCAAGAGCUUCGAGAGAAUACCAAAAAAAAUGGACCUAAGAAAUCAAGAAUCUAAGAAAUCAAGUGUUCCAAUUUUAGCAUCGAGAUUCUACGAGCAUCCGAAGAGCGAAGUGUUACUUAUAAGCGGCCACGGACAACGUAUAAGCGGUUGUAUUAUAUCGAGCGACUAAUGAUAAUAUAUGUGUAAAUAUUAAUAAUAAUUGUUAAUUAUUGACGUUAGUCCGAUAGCAGAUUUGCGCGAUUUGUGGUACCAACAAAAAGUGUGUGAGGUAGCGGAAGAUAUUGGAUUGUAGCGAACUGAUUGUAUGUCUAGAGAAUAAAGACAAUGAACGAAAUGAUCUCUCAUGAUGUGUUAUCGGCAUCCUGUGAUUUGAAACAUUUAGGUCGAUUUACAUCGUAUAGCGUGAUGAGACUGGUAGUCGACAGGGUCGCACCUCAAAAAGCAGCGAGUACUAGAGGACAAUUGCAUGCGUGCUUAGUAUAAUAAUCGCUCAAGUAACUGUAUUAUAUUUUCAAUAUGCUCCAGAUUUAGAUAUAAUCAUCGAUGUAUUUAAUAUAAUUAAAUAAAUAUGGGUUACAAAUUA